ACUUGACUGCCACCGAUGCUAACGUUAUCAUUCACUUACACUUGUCCUCCUCCGAUGGCCGCUCUCUCGGCCUCACCUCCUACCGCCGGCGUCUCACCGUCGCCCCGUCCUUCCCUCGUCGCGCACAAGAACUCCGUCACGUGGAGCGCAGCCGCCGGGUUCCCUCCAUGGAGGGCGAGGGCGGCGGUGAUCACUGCCGCCACGAGCUCGAAUUGGACCGCACCUGCCGAGACCAUUGUCACCGAAAAUGAUGUCCCACUCUUGUCCUUUGCUGAGGUUGCAGAAAGGCUUGAUGAAUACCAUGCCUCUGGAGCCAGAAAUCAAAAUUACAUGGCCAUGUAUUCCAGUAUUUUUGGUGGAAUUACCACAGAUCCUUCUGCAAUGGUGAUACCAAUUGAUGAUCACAUGGUUCAUAGAGGACAUGGUGUUUUUGAUACUGCAGCUAUUAUGGAUGGGCACCUCUAUGAAUUAGAACAGCACCUUGACCGCAUCCUGAAGUCUGCGUCGAUGGCCAAAAUCGCGCUGCCCUUUGAUCGUUCAACAAUUCGGAGCAUACUCAUCCAAACCGUGAGUGCAUCAAAAUGCACCCAAGGAUCGCUCAGGUACUGGCUAUCUGCUGGACCAGGAGACUUCCAGCUAUCUUCAUCUGGUUGUGCAAACUCUGCUCUCUAUGCAAUUGUCAUUCAGAGUCCAUCCUUGCCAGCACCAGCAGGCUGCAAGGUGAUCACCUCAUCGAUACCGAUCAAGUCUCCGCAGUUUGCAGUCAUGAAAAGUGUAAACUACAUGCCCAAUGCACUCACCAAGGUGGAAGGUGAAGAAAAUGGUGGGUUCACUGGCAUCUGGCUGGAUGACGAGGGUUUUGUCGCCGAGGGUUCCAACAUGAACGUUGGCUUUGUGACAAGGAGCAGGGAGCUCCUGAUGCCCCGUUUCGACAAGAUCCUUAGCGGGUGCACCGCGAAACGGGUUCUGGCCCUUGCUGAGCAGCUAGUGGCAGAUGGAAUGCUCAGUGGGAUCACUUCGAGGAAUGUGAGUGUCCAGGAAGGGAAGGCUGCCGAUGAAAUGAUGCUCAUUGGUAGUGGUAUUCUUGUCAAGCCUGUUGUUCAGUGGGAUGAUCAGAUGAUUGGCUCAGGGAAAGAAGGCCCAAUUGCUCAAACGCUCUUCAACCUCAUUCUUGAGGACAUGAGAUCUGGUCCACCUUCGGUUCGAAUCCCUGUCUCUUACUGAAACCGCUCAUAUAUCACAGAUCCUUACACGGCUAUGCGAUAAAUAACAGGACAUGUAUGAUAAGGAUCUCUUCUUUGAAUAAUUAUGAGAAUCCUAAAACUCAGUCGCAUAAAUCUAUAUGAUGCCUUCAAUA